GAGUUCGAGGACUCGAAGGAGGGCGGCGAGCCCUACCAGUUCCUCGUCGGCGGCGGCGGCGCCGUCAAGGGCCUCAGCGACGCCGUGCGCCGCAUGCGGCGCGGCGAGGUCGCGUACGUCUGGAUGGCCGGCCACAAGGGCCUGGGCGAGGAGGGCAACCCGCCGAAGAUCCCCAAGCACGCCGCGCUCUGCUUCGAGCUGGAGCUGCUGAAGUUCACGGACGGCAAGGACGUGUCGCCCGAGAUGGACGGGUCCGUGCUGACGCGGCGCGUGACGAAGGGCGCGUCGCGGCCCCGGGGCUUCCUGAGCCCCCACGACAAGUCGACGAUCACCUUCGACUUCGAGCUCUGGACCGACGACGAGAAGAACGACUGGGUCAAGGCCGCGCCGUCGACGUCCUGGCGCCUCGACGAGGACGACUGCGGCACGCCGACGGGCUCCUACGACGACUCGGAGCCCUACAAGCCCCUGUGCCGCGGCAUCGACAUCGCGGUCCGGUCCAUGAAGAUGGGCGAGCGCGCGACGGUCUACAUCGACCGGCGCUACGGCUACGACGACCGGGACCCCCACGUCGAGGACUGCGUGCCCAACUGCGCGAAGAACGUCGACCUCGUCGCGACGCUCGAGAUCCACAAUUUGGAGCGCCUGCCGGAGAUGUGGGAGAUCCGGAACCGCGCGAAGCUCGACCACUGCGACGAGUUCAAGAAGAUGGGCAACCGGCGCUACGCCGCGGGCGACUACGCGCGCGCGAUCCGCCGCUACGACCGCGCGGUCGAGACGGGCUCGAGCGACACCUACGUGACGGACGACGAGCUCAAGGAGCUGCGGGGCAAGAAGGUGGGCGUGCUGCUGAACCGCGCGGCGGCGCACAUGAAGCUCAAGAACUACCUGCUCUGCCGCAACGACGCGCGCGAGGUGCUGAACCGCGACCCGGACUCGCUCAAGGCCUUGUUCCGCAUGGGCCACGCGUCCAUGCACCUCGACAACCUCGACGACGCGCGCGGCGCCCUGGAGAAGGUGCUCGUCCUCGACCCGGAGAACCGGCGCGCGCGGCUCGACCUCGAGCUCGUCGACGAGAAGGAGCAGCGCGCGCGGCGCAAGGAGAAG